AUGACCUCUCCUGCUCCGCUGCUCAAGCCUCCAGUGCCUGGUGCACACCGCAAUAAACGGCCACCGCUCACCGUGGGAAUACCGCCGUCUCCAAAUGCGAAGCCCGUCAACCAGAGCGGCGCCGCGGCUCCGGCCCUGCCGCCCAUCGCCAUCUCCCAGAAUCCUGCCCGCCAGCUUCCUCCUGCCCUGAGACUGGCUACGCCCACGGGCAAGGGCGUGCAUCAGGAUAGCAACGCCCUGCACAACGGCCGUCCCGUCCAGCAACACUACAAUUCAACCGGCUCGAUAGCUGAUAACAAUGUACAUUCGAGGUCAGGAAGCUUUACCGGGCCUGACAGCAAGAGCAGUGGGCCUCCCACCUCAGCUACAUCGUCUACACAUUCGGCCUUCUCGUACGCCUUUGGCCUUCGACAGCCUCAUGGGUCGACGCCGGACCCGUCAUCCGCCAUCAGCUCCGUAUACUCUGACAUGGGUGAUGGGUCGGCAAUGGAGAGAGAAAACAACGUCAACGGCCUGACUGAUCUCGAUAAGCUAAGUCAAGAGCUGGGACGGCCGCUGGACGUCGAAGAUCUAGACGAUGAGCGGUGGCUUGCUGCUAGCGAGCAAGGGAAGAUCAUCGAGUUGGAUAGCCUUGGAGAAGGAGCUGGUGGGGCAGUUACUCGAUGUCUCCUCAAGGGAGGGAAGACAGUGUUUGCUUUAAAGAUCAUUACCACAGACCCAAAUCCAGAUGUCAAGAAACAGAUAGUUCGAGAGCUUAAUUUCAACAAGGGCUGUGCGUCAGACUACAUAUGUCGAUACUACGGUGCGUUCGUCGACCGGUCAAGCAGUUCGAUAUCGAUCAUCAUGGAGCUAUGCGAGGGUGGUAGCUUGGACAGCAUCUACAGAGAGGUGAAGAAGCUCGGUGGCCGAACAGGAGAAAAGGUGUUGGGGAAGGUUGCUGAAGGUGUCCUGAACGGGCUAACGUACCUUCACGGCCGGAAGAUCAUUCACAGAGAUAUCAAACCAUCCAACAUCCUCCUCUGCCGCAACGGUCAAGUCAAGCUUUGCGAUUUCGGUGUCAGCGGUGAAUUCGGAACCAAGGGUGAUGCAAACACCUUUAUCGGCACCUCUUACUACAUGGCCCCUGAAAGAAUCACAGGACAGUCCUACACCAUCACAUCCGACGUUUGGUCACUGGGAGUUACACUGCUCGAAGUUGCACAGCAUCGAUUCCCAUUCCCUGCCGACGGAACCGAGAUACAACCCAGAUCAGUCCUCAUCGACCUCCUAACCUACAUCAUCCAUCAACCUAUCCCAAAACUAAAGGACGAACCACACAAUGGAAUUCACUGGAGUGAUAACUUUAAAUACUUCAUCGAAUGCUGUUUGGAGAAAGAUCACCCUCGACGAGCAACGCCUUGGCGAAUGCUGGAACACCCAUGGAUGCUCGAAAUACAGAACAAAAAAGUGAAUAUGGCGCACUUCCUGAAACAGGUAUGGGGUUGGAAUGAUUAG